AGGAGGAACAGCAGGACGCUCUUCAGUUGGCACCCGACGACGGGGCGCGCCGGCCCGCGUGUAGUAUCCAUGAGCACUUAUGGCGCCACCGAGCAGGAGUGCAAGGCGGACGCUGAGCAGGGCAAAGCUCGCAAGGCGAUGCCCACGGCGCCCAUCUUCCUGGAGAAUCCAGACGGCACGAUCACCGAGGCUGUUCCCUCCGGCUUCCGGGAGGCGAAGCCCAAGUCGGGCCGCCGCUCGCGGGAGAGGGGCUCCGACGGGGACAGCGACGGGAGCGCUGGCAGCAGUGCCGAGGACCACGCCGCCAGCAUGUACUCGGAGGUCGACUUCUUGUACGUCCGGCACGAACGGGUGUUGCUGUUCCUGCUCGUGACGGAGCUGCUGCUCGAGGUCCUGUACAACGUGGUCUACGUAAUGCGGAUGAUGGACGGCUCCUCCGUAGCGGAGCUGGUCGCGAUGUACAGCUUCCGCAUCUCCACCCGCUCUGCGGAGGUCCUCUUCUGGGUCGUGUUCGCCAUCCAGCUCGUCUACAGCGUGGUGUACUACGUCGUGGCGAGCUUGGCCGUGUGGACCAAACGCCCCAUGCAGUACCGCAUGUUCGCCAAUUGCGGGAGACAUCGAGCUUGCCUGCAUCCUUCUCUAGUCUGCUCUCUGCACAGAGGUUCAACCUGAUCGUAUUCUUCCUGCACCUGCUUAGCUACAUCUACGCUAGGUUUCUCCAGGGGCUGACAGCCAGCCUCCUGCUGCUCCCGCAGCAGGCGCAGCAGGCGGUAUGACGAGCCGCGCCCCGCGCCCCCCGCCCCCCCGCUGGCCGGGGCGCGCGGGAGCUGGCGGCGAACAAAAGGGUGGCCAAGCCGCCCAUCGACGUGGACCGGAGGCGCACCCAGCACGAGGGCCGCGACGAGAGCGAAACGGUGGCGCGAGUCGGCGAGAUGACUCAGACCGAUCUGGAGUGCCCCGAUGCCGCUGCGCUUGCCUCGCUUUCUCGCCCCUCUGGGCCUCCUGGGCGGCCCGUGUCGCCGCCGCUGGGUCCGCGGGCGGCCCCGCCGGCCAGACCGCGCGGGGGCCGGCGGCGAGCAGUGCGUCCGAGAGGAGGGCGCGAUCGUUUCCC